AUUGGGUGUUAGCGGCCAGGGGGUGAAGAUGCGGGGGAGGCAAAGAGCACAACCACCAUUUGAGAGCUACAGUUUGAAAUACAGCAAGAAGCAAAGGACAUUUUCAGAGAAGAGUGAAAGUGAAGAAUUUAAAUUGCUGACAGAACUUUGCAAAAGGCUCAGUGAAAGGGCAUAUGGUGACAGAGUGAGGUGGAAGAUUUGGUUAGAGCAGUAAUGCAUCAAGAUGUUUGGAGGCAAGAAUCUAAAGAUGAUGGAAGAUCUAAGGUACUUGGACUUCUGGGGACACCUGGAAGUUCCCUGUCUUCAGGAAAAUUGUCACCUCAGUCUCCUCUAAAGCAGAAACUACUCUGGCUCUUCUCUUCUAACUCUCCAGUGUCAUAUUAGACAGGAGAGUUAACUGAAUGAACUAAUGAAUCAAGUCAUGACUCUCAUAAAAGAUAAAGGAAGAUUGGUGCCAGGAGAAAAGGAUGGAGGCAGAGAGUCAUUGGAAAAUCAGAUGGCAGGAACCUUUUUACUGAGAAGUAGCAGAGCAAAGUGGAAAGACCAGAAUCUGGAGUCAACAGAUAUGACUGAGUCCCCACCCUGCCACCUACUAGCUGUAGGUCUUUGGGAAGGUCCUGUCACCUGUCUACAUAUCACUGGCCUCAUCUAAAGCAUUCUGGACCACCAAAGGAGAGUAACUCAGAUGAGGAACCAGGACCCCAGACAAGCCAGGUGGGGUUACCUCAGGGUGUGUUACAACAAGGAACAUCAUAGCCUCCUGAGGGGGCUGUGCAUAAAGAAGGCUGCCACAAGAGCUCGAGAAAGGAGUCAGAGCCAUCGAUGCCCACACAUCCCCAGGAGCAGGGCAGCUAUGUACACAUUGGAGGGAAGAUGUUUUUCUUUGACUCACUCGUGUUCUGAACGAGACCUUUGGACCAGUUUUAGAAGCCAACUGAGCCCUGAUAAGCAGGGGUGGGUCUUCCGAGGCAGGAGUCUCAGGGCUCUAUAAAGCCCAACUGGGCACCGCGGGGCAUCUCUCCCAAAGACUGUGAACUGCUGGCUUUCUGCUUGCUCCUCUGAAAAUGCAGCGGCUGUUGACUCCAGUGAAGCGGGUCUUGCAAGUGAAAAGAGUGAUGCAGGAAGCUCCACUCAUGCCUGCUCGCCUUCUUCCAGCAGCCCACCAAAGGUUUUCUGCAGUCCCUGCUGUCCCCUUGGCCAAAACGGAUACUUGGCCAAAGGAUGUCGGCAUCCUUGCCCUGGAGGUCUAUUUCCCAGCCCAGUAUGUGGACCAAACGGACCUGGAGAAGUAUGACAAUGUGGAAGCAGGGAGGUACACAGUGGGCUUAGGCCAAACCCAUAUGGGCUUCUGCUCCGUCCAGGAGGACAUCAACUCCCUGUGCCUGACGGUGGUGCAGCAGCUGAUGGAGCGCACGCAGCUCCCAUGGGACUCUGUGGGACGGCUGGAAGUGGGCACUGAGACCAUCAUCGACAAGUCCAAGGCUGUCAAAACAGUGCUCAUGGAGCUCUUCCAGGAUUCGGGCAACACUGACAUUGAGGGCAUAGAUACCACCAACGCCUGCUAUGGUGGCACUGCCUCCCUCUUCAAUGCUGCCAACUGGAUGGAAUCUAGCUCCUGGGAUGGUCGCUAUGCACUGGUGGUUUGUGGAGACAUCGCAGUCUAUCCCAGUGGUAAUGCUCGCCCCACAGGUGGGGCUGGAGCUGUGGCAAUGCUGGUUGGGCCCGAGGCACCUCUGGCUCUGGAGAGAGGGCUUAGAGGAACCCACAUGGAGAAUGUAUAUGACUUCUACAAACCUGAUGCAACUUCAGAGUACCCGAUUGUGGAUGGGAAGCUCUCCAUUCAGUGCUACUUACAGGCCUUGGACCGAUGUUACACAACAUACCGUCAAAAAAUCCAGAACCAGUGGAAGCAAGUUGGCAUGGAUCGACCUUUCACCCUUGAUGAUUUACAGUUUAUGAUCUUUCACACACCCUUCUGCAAGAUGGCCCAGAAAUCCCUGGCUCGCCUGAUGUUCAAUGACUUCCUGUCAACCAGCAAAGACACACAGACCAGCCUCUACAAGGAGCUGGAGGCCUUCAGGGGGCUAAAGCUGGAAGACACCUACACCAACAAGGACAUGGAUAAAGCACUUCAAAAGGCCUCUCUGGACAUAUUCAACAAGAAAACCAAGGCCUCUCUUUACCUUUCCACGCACAAUGGGAAUACGUACACCUCAUCUCUCUAUGGGUGCCUGGCCUCACUUCUGGCCCAGCACUCUGCCCAAGACUUGGCUGGCUCCAGGAUUGGUGCCUUCUCUUAUGGCUCUGGCUUGGCAGCAAGUUUUUUCUCAUUUCGAGCAUCCCAGAAUGCUUCUCCAGGCUCCCCACUGGAGAAGCUGGUAUCUAGUGUAUCAGACCUGCCAAAACGCCUCGCCUCUCGGAAGCGUAUGUCUCCCGAAGAGUUCACAGAAAUAAUGGAUGAAAGAGAACACUUCUACCACAAGGUGAAUUUCUCACCUCCUGGUGAUGCAAACAGCCUUUUCCCAGGCACUUGGUACCUGGAGCGAGUGGAUGAGCUCCAUCGCCGAAAGUAUGCCCGGCGUCCAGUCUAAAGGUAGUGAAUGAGACUUAGCAAGAUCUGGGAAAAGUAUGCUAGCAGAGCUUCUGCCCUCUAUCGUAUGAAAAACUGCACUCUGAGCUUGUAAAUAGAUUGGAUUGGACACAGUAGCCCCCAAAAUUCUUGGCCCUAAAGAGUGAGUGGGUCCUUCACGCCUUUCCCUGCUGGAGUCACAGUCACUGGCUUGGAGUGCAGGAGGCGCCCUUCAUGAAAGGGGAUGGAGGAAUGGGGAGAAGGCUCAGCCGUGGAUCACUAACCUCCAGAAAUGUCACGGAUCAGUUGUCUCCUUCAAGAUCCAGAUGAUUUGCCUAUCGUUUGUUAUAGCUUUGUUAUGAUUAUUGUUAUUAUUAAAUUUCUGUGCUGUUAUA